AUGGCUGCUCCUAACAGCUCUAAUGAACGCUGUUUUGGUGUUACAAACAUCAAAAAUCAAAUGCAUGUGCUCCUUGAUGAAGAUGAGCACAACUAUGAUGCCUGGCGUGAGCUUCUUCUCACACACUGCAUGGCUUUCGACGUCUCCGGUCAUUUGGAUGGUUCUCUCCGUCCUGCCAAUGCCAACGACGAUGCUUGGUUGAAACGUGACGGUCUGGUGAAGCUUUGGCUUUACAGCACCAUGGCGCCACCACUGUUUCGCUCCUCCUUCCAGACCGGUGGUACUGCUCGUGACGUCUGGAAUCGUGUGGAGGCUCAAUUCCGCAACAACAAAGAUGCGAGAGCCAUUCAACUCGACAACGAACUCCGCACAAUGGAGAUCGGCGACAUGACUGUUCGUGACUAUUGUCAGAAGAUGAAAUCAACGGCAGCUCUUCUAACCAAUAUUGGUACACAAGUCACCGACCGGACUCUCGUUAUGUACAUCAUAAAUGGUCUUAACGACAAGUUUGAUAACAUCAUUAACGUUAUCAAACACAAAGAUCCUUUUCCUUCUUAUGAGUCUGCCAAAUCGAUGCUUGAGUGGGAAGAGACCAGACUCAAGAAGAGUACUCGUAUCACUGCUUCACACUCAGACACCUCCUCGUCCUGGACUGCACUCACUGCUACGACCACACCAGUGCAGAAUCCACACUUCCGCAACCGCAACGGCGGUCACAGAGGAAAUCGCAGAGGAGGAAGAGGCAACAACAGAGGAAACAGAGGACAUUCCUCCUACAAUCGCAAUCCCUGGAAUGGACCACCGUUUUGGCCACCACCACCUCCGUACUGGAUGCCUCAAUACCCGCAGGGGCCACCAGCUCCGCGCUCAUUUCCUGCUCCACCACAGCAGGCCAACCUCGUUGAAUUUCCGUUGCAAGCUUACACCUCUAAAGCCAUCGCCGAUCCUUCUUCUACGGACUGGUACAUGGAUUUCGGCGCCACGGCACAUCUAGCCGCACAUGCAGGAUCUUCAAACACGGACAUCAAUGCUCCGAAGUGA